UUUUUAACUUAAAAAACCGUGAAAUUGAAUUUUUAAACCAUUUUUUUCUUUAUCGUCAAUUAAGAAUUAUUCCAAUUAUUUCCGAAUUUCAAACAUCUUCCAAAAGCGAUGCAUUUACUGAUACUGUUUCUAAUCAAAUUGUUGAUUCAUGUAACUUCCGUUCAAUCCUCGUCAAACAUUUCGCUCUGUCACGAUGUUCCACUUGGCCUAUCCAACCUCUCCACCAUCACCAACAUCCCUGAAAUCGUCGUGCUUCGUGAGCACAACUCAAAUGACAUUCGAAUGACGUCAGCGCUUGAUGACGUGGAUUGUUGGCUGAAGAAGAACUUUAAAAUAGUCGGAGCCUAUACGGUAGAGACAAGAGGAGCUGACAAUGAAACAAUUUGCUAUAGUAUGGCUACAGUGAACAUUAAAGUCAAGCAGCUUAUGGUAGUGAUCAGUGAAGGGCAAAGUGCUCAAAACUGUACGCCAUCAGUUUAUGGUCCAAUUCCGAAUAUUUUGAAUAUAAAAAUGUUCGUAGAUGGGACAAAAAACGACUCGGUUCGAAGAAUGGAAUUAUCAUUCCGUAAUCCAGGCGGUCAUGUCGGUGUUCAAUUUGAAUUCCAUCGUCGUUCGGUGGUUUCGAAAAUUCAAAAAACUAUCGAAUUCAUGUUGAAACUGAAUAAUCAGACAUCUACAUACUCUCAACUCAUUCCAUAUUGGAAUCCAACUAUUUUCCUACCACCUGCUUCAUGGCAAUACAGAAAAUUGGGAGAAGAGAAGGAGAAGCUUGAGGCUGAAAAUAUGUCAAUCUCGUGGGUUCUAGUGGUGUCAGUAAUGCCAAUGAUAUUCUUUGGAGUUGUCGUUUCAUGUUAUAUUGUUAUUCAGCCACGUGGUGGCUUGACAUACACUGACGAAGAAAUUGACUUCUCAAUUCAAGAAGUUGACAGUGCUAGUCGUGUAAAUGUACUUCAACCAAAGAUUCAUCCAUUUAAAAUUACUCCAAUUGUUUAUGUGAACCCGACUCAUUCGACUGAAACCAAUUCUAUUGAUAUUGCAAUGGAACCAACAAUUCGACGCGGUGAUGCUCUGAAAACCGCUGUGGAUGAUGAUAUACAUACUGACAAGACGAUGCUCUCCGAGGGAAAAUCCACAAAAACCGUUCGGCUUCCACCCAAGGAUACUGGUACGACUUCUGUGGAAACGAUUUCAUUGAGAACUGGAAGGGAUUAAUAAGUCAUGUUUAUUGAUGAAUAGAACGAAUAAAAGGUUAUCA